UCUAUUGGACCUUUCAGCAGCUUGAGCACAGUGUUCGCCUCCCCCUGUGUCGGUAUUUGUUGGUCCGCGUUGCACACUCGCGUACUGAGGUCUUUCAUCCAUAGUUUGACCUUUUCAUAUACUGGGAGCAUGAUGAUACAUUGAAUUAUUGUGAGUGAAAAGGGGGCCUUAUAGGACUCAAAUAACUUAUAAUUUGUCUCCUGGCUCCAGUAGGCGGUAAGACCGAUUCAAUUGAAUUAAAACCUCAUACUAUAAUAAUAUGUACAUAGAUGGGUGGCAAAUGGAAAGAGAUAACGACAUAAUGUAUCAAGCUAUUGAGCCAUCACAAGUAUAUACAGCAUGUAAAUGCGUGUGUAGAUAUAUAUUAUAUUUUAUAUAUAUAUAUAUAUAUAUAUAUAUGCACUCAACAAGAGUUAGAAUUCAAAAGUAUGUUCAGCAACACAAGUUUGAUAGCCUAAUAGCUUUGUUGCGUAUUGAAUACCAUUAAUUUGUUAACUGACAAUACAGUCAAUUUAUUUAUCCUAAUGUAAAUACUAUAUUACCAUAGCCAUUCGUGUCUUUCCUAUAUAGCGUCACCUGUCUGUUCAUCAAUGUCUUUCCUGAAAGCGCCUCACGGAGAUGAGCUGUUACUCACCAGGUUCACAGGCUCUGAUCUAUUUUGCCUGAGGUCAGAGGAGGUAUUUUUAGACCUGACCUCAAGGGUUCAUGUGCCGUUUUGCUUCCAUUCCUCACUGACAAGUUAUUCUUUUACAGCCCAAGUACCGGUUGAAAAAACCCAGCCCCUCCAUGUCUAUUAUGAUGGUGAACAUUAUAAAAUGAUUGUUGAGGACAACACAUCGUCCGUAAAUAUGAAAUGAACAUUGACAUUUCGGCUGAAUGAGGACCACCUGAUGGUAUAGUGACACACCCACCCUCCCAUAACAUGUAACAACCUAACCCCCUUUUAUAUUAAUUUAUCAGUUUCAUAUGCAAUAUAUCAAUUGGUAAGAUUUUCUGAUGACAAAGAGGCCCUUUGAUAUCUGUGUCACCGUGCAUGAGUAGAAUGAGGCCGGGGGCAGCUGUGCAAAUCAGAGGUCCAGGAUCAUACGCUCCGUUUGCCGGGAUGAAAGGUGCUGACAGUUCUAUAGUGAGGUGUAACUGCUUGAAUACAAGAAGAAAGGGACAGCUCCGUCUGUAGCACCGUUUUGGGGGACUGGUAAAUACAAACAGCAGUGAUGACUCCGUAAACUGUUGAUAACCGCGAUCCGUCAACUUAACAUCAAAACUGGCUGUCAUUGUUUAACUUGAGAUUUUAGUUGUAAUUUCACUCAAUCAGAAGGUCAACAUUCUAUGUCUGUGCCAUCAGGAGUUCAUUUGAACUGUUUAGGGUCAUUCUAGGGAAUAAAAAAUAAUCUGCUGAAACACUGACUGAGAAAUUGGCAACAAGUGUUUUAAAAAAGGGCACUAAAACUAAACUGGGACUGUCUCGCUACUCGUGCAAAAAUUUGGUUGUAAAUUCUGAAGAGCACAAAUAAUACAUAUCCUUAUAAGUCAUAAAAGCUUUCGGAUACAGAUGGUAUUGCUUCUUGGCUCGGCUGCAUGCAGACUGUCAGUCAGCAGGCCUUUCUAGAAUUCAUGGAAACUGAGCAAAAGCUCCAUCUGUAGCAUUGGGUAGGCUCUGAGUUGAUGAUGUUUUACUUAUAUAACCAUAAAACAAUACUCUGCUACUCCCCCAUCAUGGUAUUCUUUGUGCACAACCCAAACACACUUUUAUUUUAAUUUAAAAAAAACGCGGUGAAGGCUUUGCGGUCCCUGCGGUGACACAGGAAGGAGUACUGUUCCCUUCCCAUGUGAGGACAUGACGUACCUGUCUGCAUUAAAAGGUGAGUGUAUCGUUCCAUUUACAAAGUUUAAACAUAAACAUAAACUGCUCUCUUAAUGUUGGACCAUCAGGGUUAAUCAAGAUUUACAUUUUUGGACUCUUGCCGGAUUGAAGGGAAUAGUUUGCUACACCUAUUUGCUUUGUUGCAGAGAUGAGAACAUCAACGGUGAUUCAAUCUCGUCAACUAACUCAACUGUUCCAUGAUGUCUUUAUAUUCAUGGUUUAAAGUACUUAUACUGCGGUCCCUAAUCUCCUUAAUAAAGGGAAUAAUUUUCCUUAAUAAACCUUUAUUUUUUCAUUAUGCUGAACAGACUGUUAACCUUGGGUACCCUGACAUGAUGUGGCUAAGCAUGGACACAAUUAUAACAUGUUUUAUCCGGUGAGCUCAGUCCAGUGUAAAAUAUUUAUGUGAAAAUCACGUGCAUUCUUAUUAGAGUAUGAAUUGCCUUGAUCCUUUAACAAGGGCCUUCCAGUGAGGAAGUGAGGGGCCAAAAGGUCGAACUGAGUCAGAAGUGCUUUUCAUGUAGUUAUGACUUAACUUGGUUAUUUAGGUCAACUGUUCACGUACAGCAGCAUGCGCUGAAAAAUAGCACAACAUAGUAUAGUAACUAUUUUUACUGUUCUUUGGUAUGUAUACAUAAAAAUACUUUUAGUGUGAUGUCACUGUAUGCUUAAGAUGACCUUGAUACGGAUUGAAACUCCUGGUUUAACACAGUUUGUUUCUUCCUUGUGACACAGGAGUGAACAUUUGGAAUUGGUUCUGCUCAAAUAUGCAUGUGUGCAUGUCCACAUGCCUCUGACUACUCGCCGUGAUAAAUCUUAUGGGUGACUAAGGGGUGUGUGGCCUGAAGGAGCUGUAAACCACAUGUCCACAUGUCUCCACAACACAUCAUGCAAGGGGCGGACUUCACCUCAUCUGGAAUGUUUGAUUUACAGCCUGCCACACUGCCAUCUACCAAUUGUUUUUGAGAAAGAAAUGAUUUAAUCUGGUGCUCUUGCACAAUUUUCACCACAUCUUCACAACAAAUAAGAAAAAAGUCCUUCUCACAAAACCAGACCUUUAAUAUGAGGUUACGCCUCAAAUGUAAAUGUAUUCUGGGUGUGUUUUCUGCAAUAAAUCAUUGCUACAUAUCACGGCCAAUUAGAUAACAAAUAUAUUUUUGGGAGAGUGUAUAGUAUGUAAAAAGGAUCUUAGGGGGUGACAUGAGGUGUACGUGAUAAACAAACUAAAUAUCUGAUAAUGUGACGUAAACAUCCAUUUUCAAGAGGUUACAUUUUUCCGCGUUCAGGCUCUAAGGGAAAAUGGCUAUUGGUUGCAGAUGAAUUAUAACGUUAUCCUUAUAUGUUCUUAUGUAAUACUGCAAAAUGUAGAUUUGGUUGAAAUGAGCUUAUUUCAUAUACAUUUAUAGUUAAGAUGAAGUUCAUAAUAGAUCAUUAAAACGUCCGAAGAGAACAUUGGUUUCAAUCCAUAAAAAUGCAAAAAAUAUAUUGGCCAAUAUAAUAAAAUAAAAGGACAAUGUUGUUGUUUUUUGAUAGUUCACACUGACUUGAAGGGAUUUUGGGGACUUGUACACCAGCUGAUAUAAUUAAACUACAAUAUAACCAGUAUUGGUUUAAAAAACAAACAUGAUCUAAAAGUUAUAUUAGCUGUCUUUUUUCUUUUGUGACUCUGAUCCUUGAUAUGAUCUGAUCCAGAACUUUUAUGAUCCAUUGCGCCACUACUAGCACACCAAACUAAGAUUCAAAUUGUAAACAGCUUUAUCAACCUCAAAGAGCUGCUAGUCCUGCUUGUCCUGUUGCCACUCUGCUGUUGUAUUAAGUAGUGCACGAAUUUAUAUUCCUGGCAAAUCACAGCGUCAAAGCUAUAAUGGCAAGCUGAUUUCUGAUUUCCAUAAUCAGAAUCCCCAAUCGUUUAAAAAUCUCUUUUUUUAGGGUGGGGAUUCUGAGGUAUAUGUAAUGAACUCACAAUACUACUUGGACAAGAAGACACAUCAAGGUGACAUUUGUCUGAAUCUUCUUUCAUCAGCUGUUCUCACCCUGUGCGGUGCAAUAGUGGAAUUGUUGAUCAGGUGUAAAGACCUAUGCGCAGACCUCUUGUCGAAGCCUAGCAUGGCAUGACCUCUGCGCUGGUAUCCAUCAGUGCACUGACAGGCCUGGUGGUUCAGCAGGCAUGAAUCCAAGGCCACGUUGCUGCUCCACUGUGUCACAACUUCCAAGGACAAGCUGAUCGUUCGAGCACAGCAUGCACCCGCCCGUCGCCCCUCAGAACCAGGGGCCAACUUGGGCAGGAUUGAACAUUUUAAUGGAAGAAGUUUGAGAAAAAAAACGGGAUCCGGUUGCAUAACUUGAUAUUUAUUUGUUUUUUAAUUUGUUUUCAGUUCCCUAAUCUCAUAAUUUGUCCUAGACACAGCUUUGACUCUUUAGGAUUGUGGUGUAAUAUAUUUGACGCAGGUGAAGGUGCUUCUGGCACGCUGAUAAGCUGGACAGAACGCAUAGUUUGGUUGUGAGCGGUUGAGCAGAGUGAGCUGCAGCUUCUCGUAGCACACAAAGCGUACUUGCUCGUCGGCCAUCCGAUGCUAUGCCUGUUAUCUCAGCAUCCCAACCCUCCUAAAUCCAACACCUUGUAUUCGUGCCAUCUAUCACACUGAUGCAUUGGCAGUCUGCAGAAGGUUACCACGCAGGGCCUCUUAACACAUGGUUUUAGGCAUAGCUCUGCCCGCCCCACCUGCUAGCCGCCUGCAGUGGCCGAGCACGUUACACCGAUCCCGCUAAGAUCUGCCUGUCAUCCUCUCUGAUUGAAUGGAGAGUGUUACUCCAACCAGGUGCCAUUUCUCUUGCCUGAGGCUCGUUUCCAUGUGGCUUGUAAAAAUGCCACUCUUAUCUCUUAUUAAUCAUGUGCCUCUGCUGGUGACAGCGUAGAUUCAGAGGGAUGCUGUUGUUGAUUGUCAAAUUACACGCAACAUGUCAGAGAGGAGGCGGACUGUGGUGUAGUUUACGACCGUGUGGAAGAUUUUAUUGUUUUAAUGUUGCAACAAGAACUUGUUGGUUGAACAACUGUUGUUCAUACGGUUGGAUUUUGCACUCGUUAAGUGUGAGUUGCAACCUUUCUGUGCGGCAGUGAGAAUCCGGGACAUGGCGGCGUUCUCUGGUUCGCUCGUUCUUUGAAGCUAUUGCCCGACAAAUAUUCCAGCUCGCGGCCGGGCCCUCGGCUCCACAGGUUGGUGAUGACACGCAUGCUCAGCAGAUAAAGUGCCUGGACCACCCUGGCUUUAGGUGUCCUGACCUUGGAGGUUGGCAGUGAAAAAUAACAACACAAGGGUAGAAAGGAGGCCUCUGGUGCCGCACAAGGGGUCAAGCUGUUGACCCUAUAAGGCUGAAGAUCAACACUUCUCUUGACCCCCUUACAGGUUAUAUAAAAUGCUUGUUUUUAAAGGCAUUGCCACAAAUGCAAUAGAGUUUAGAAGUGACAAGAAAAGUUGGAUGAGUCUCUGGAGGAGCAGCACGCAGAUUCACUUAGAUCCAUUGAUCUGGUGCCUGCUGGGAAAAGCGGAUCAAUCUGUCCAAUCCCAUAUCAAAGAAAAACCAAAUAGCAGCAAUGUCAUCUCUCGGUUCGUGACAUUCUAGCGAAAUGGUGAUAGAUUUACAGCAACUUCUUUCGGUUUUCAGCUAUUUGAGGUAUCUGUUAAACAGAUUGUUGCAUUGAUUUCUGGGAAGACAGAUGGUGGUGUGCAUGCUUCAAGACGACUGAAGGAAUGAAGAAUUGUUGAGCUCGAUAGAUCAAAUUCAGUAUAGGUAUGUGUAAGGGUAGGGUUUUAUUGCGCGUAGGUGCAUACGAUCUCGAAAUAAAUAUUUUUAAGCAGCUUUGUUUUCUUUCUGGCCAUAGUUGAAAGUAGAUAAAAUAGCUUGAAAUGCUCGAAAAUGCGGCAAAAAUGAAAAUGUUUCUGCCAAAGCAAUAAGACGAACCAUGAUAAAUCUGUCUGCAUUGCCCUUGAAUGGUCUUUAAAUGGUUAGCUCAUUAUUGCAGACGACAUACUCAUACACAAUUGUUGUUCUCUCGCCAGAAGAAAAGGAAAAUCUUUAAGACACCAACAGCAAAGACAGAUAUUUAUGCUUUGCAUUUUACUUUACUCUGUGGACCAAUUCAUAAUGUUUUACUUAGAUGAGAUCUGAAGAUUCAUUUUUUCUUUAACUCUGUGCUUAACUCGUUCUCCUGGUAGCAGCAUCUGGCCUCCUAAGCAAUCAUUAUUUAACGUGAUUGACACUUCAGGAUGGUGUGCAUUUCAUUGUUGAGAAUUUUAGAGCCCUUGGCCCCAUGAACCUUCAACGAUCAGGAGGUACGUCACCCUUCAGCCAUCCUAGUGGCACGAGGCUGGAUUACCAGCAAGCGUGCAACUGCCUACAGGGCCAAAAACUAAGUGUGAUACAUGCAAUUUAUAAAUUAUAAUCCAUUUGUACAAUGAACUGUGAUACUCCCUGGAUUAAAGAAUGAGAAACUACAUCACCUCUUGAAGACAUUUUGCCACAGCCAACUAGUGUCCACCAUCUGAGUCUCCUGAGUGUCCGCUCAAUUGGUGGCUAUGUGGGAACCCUUACUGUGCUCUUCAUUCCCAUGUCGGAAAGUGUUUGAAGUGUGUACUCCAAUGACCUCUGGGUCACAUACCCCUAAAGAGGGCUUUGUAGUUAUGCUGACCAUGUAAAUGUUUAAAUCAAAACACUGGUAAUCAGAGAUGGACGAUGGAAAGGGGAGCUCGUUCUUGAGCAAUGGUCAGAUGGGAGAGAGAUAAGUGGUGGGCGUGUCGAAAGACCUGAAAUGUGUCGGGAGACUUGUGUGUUAUCGUUUCUCCUCAGCACCUCCCCUCGCGGUGUGUCGUCAGCAGUUCAUGCCAGGGUCUGGCUUAAGUUGCAAGUGAAAUGGGAGGAAAUCUGAUCCAUAUGAUGGGACUAUAAAGCUUACAGCUGAUUCUCAGACUCGAUCAAACCUGGUCUAGGCUUCAUCUCUCCUCAUGACUGGCAUCCUCAUCUCACAUGUGGUCACUGCGCUCUGAACUUCUCACUUUGUCCUCACCAGCACCGGUUGUCUGUCUGACCGCUGGGCUCUUCCAAGCUGAUUCUUCUUAGAGAAAUAUGAAGUUACUGGGCAAGGUAGCUUUCUUGCUUUUGCUCAGUGGAAUCUGGUGUCAGAACAAUCGUAACGCUAAAACUAGUGGGAAGUCCAGCAGGAAAUCUGGUGGGAACCAAGGAGGUGAUGUUGACCAGUCUCCCUCCGUGGUUGAUCUGACUUCUGGAGCAGUGGGAAGCACCGGAAGCUCUGGGAGCUUUGGAAGCACUAGAGGUACUGGAAGCUCUGGGAGCUCUGGAAGCUCUGGGAGCUCUGGAAGCAGUGGAAGCACUAGAAGUACUGGAAGCUCUGGGAGCACUGGAAGCACUAGACGUACUGGAAGCACUGGGAGCUCUGGAAGCACUAGAGGUACUGGAAUCACUGGGAGCUCUGGAAGCACUAGAGGUACUGGAAGCACUGGGAGCUCUGGAAGCACUAGAGGUACUGGAGGCUCUGGUAACACCAGAAGUACUGGAAGCUCUGGAAGAACUGGAGCUACUGGAGGCUCUGGGAGCUCUGGGAGCACUAGAGGUACUGGAAGCUCUGGAAGAACUGGAGCUACUGGAAGCUCUGGAAGCUCUGGAAGCUCUAGAGCUACUGGAAGCUCUGGACGCGCAAGAGCCACUGGAAGCUCUGAAAGCUCUGGAAGCACUAGAGCUACUGGAAGCUCUGGGAGCUCUAGAAGCACGGAAGACACAUCUGAAGCAGGGCAGGAAGCUGCUGCAGGAGCUCGAGUAGCUGGACAACAGACAGAUGAUAUGAGACUGCACUUCCUCAAAAAUAACCAAGUUACAUGUAAUGAUGGAACAACGGCUGGGUUUUACCUAAAGGAGUUCAGAGGAAGCCGCCGAUGGCUGUUAUUUCUGGAAGGGGGCUGGUGCUGCCACAGCAAAGAUACCUGUGAUUCCAGGUACCAAAAUAUACCCAGACUAAUGAGCUCAUCGGGGUGGCCACAAACUAAAAUAGGAACUGGCAUUUUGUCUUCUCAAGCACAGGAAAACCCACACUGGCACAAUGCAAACAUUGUAUUCAUCCCGUAUUGCUCCAGUGAUGUGUGGAGUGGUACAGGUGUAUCCCUGACCCCUCCUCCAAGGCCCCGGCAGGGCAGGGAAAAGGAGAGGGAUCAAAAUACAAAUGCAACUGAGUACACCUUUAUGGGAUCCCUGAUUAUCCGUGAGGUCAUCAAAGACCUCAUUCCCAAAGGAAUCAAGCAGGCCAAGGUUGUGAUGCUGUCUGGCACGAGUGCCGGGGGAACAGGUGUUUUGCUGAACAUUGAGAGGGUGGCCAGUCAGCUGGAGCAGCUCGGUGCAGAGGCUCAGGUCCGAGGACUCGUGGAUUCCGGUUGGUUUCUGGAGAGUAAACAGCAGAGAUCACCCAACUGCCCCGAGACUAUUUCCUGCUCACCUGAAGAUGCUAUCAAGAUAGGACUCAGGUUGUGGAACGGGGUUGUGCCUGAAAGAUGCAGGAAGCUCUAUAAGAGAGGAGAGGAGUGGCAGUGCUUCUUUGGCCACAAACUAUACUCUACCUUGACCUCCCCCCUGUUUGUUGUGCAGUGGCUGUUUGAUGAGGAGCAGCUGAGAGUGGAGAACAUCUACAUGGGAGGACAGAGUCUGUCUGAGGAGCAGUGGCAGUACAUUCAGAACCUGGGCAGAGAGCUCAAGAUCUCACUGAGAGACGUCACAGGAGUGUUUGCUCCGUCCUGCCUCUCCCACACAGUGAUUACCAGAAGCAACUGGUUGAGUUUCCAGGUUAAAGGUACCUCUUUGCCACGGGCCCUGCACUGCUGGGACAGGAGUCUGGAGGCGACACGCAACAACAAAACCCCUGCCAAAGGCUGUCCUUUCCACCUGGUGGACACCUGCCAGUGGCCCCAGUGCAACCCCAGCUGCCCAGCCUUGGUGGACCAGGCCACCCAGCAGGAGCUCACUUUAAUCCAGAUGCUAGUCGCCAUGGGCCUUGACCUCCAGAAGCUGGUCCUGGAUCCCCAGGAAGAUGCAGUUUCCCUGCCAAGAAUUCUCACCAAUGGUGGCUAAAUGUUAGUGGACAGAAGCUUGAGCCAUGCGAAGGCUCAUAGAAUAAAUAAAGUGUUGAAAUGUUAAUGUAACCAUAGAAAUAUUGCAGAAAUCUGGUUACUUGGUCUUGUGCUGCUCAGCCUUCCAUUAUGCUUCAUGUGUCUGUUAAAUUGGUGACUUGACCGGUGGGGAUGUCAGUGAGUUUCAGUGGUUUGGCGGUCCCUCUACUGGACACUGCAGGAAAGAGCUUUGACCGUUGUACUGGUUGAACAGCUUUGAGUUUCAGCAGAUGGCCACACAUACUGUAGGCUCCCUCCUUCGGCACAAUUUAGUCCUGAUCACUAUAUAGGAAAUCGAACUGCUGCAUAGCAACAGCGUUAAACAUUUUAGAUGAGCAGAAGCUUCUUUCAAAUGUUGCCACAUUUGAUUGCUUUGACAGGACUCUGAAAACAUUUGCACGUAAUAUACAGUACAGUCAAGGUUUGGACACAUUUUAUUAUUCAUUUCAAUGAGAAAGUGUAUCCAGACCUUUGACCGGGACUGUACAUAUUGUAGGCUAACAUUUUGAUAAGCUUCAAAGAAAAAUGUAUAUACCUUUAAGGAUUUUAUACCAAACAAUAGCAGUUAUUCAUGAUGUGCCAACUUUUGAGUAUUCUGAUUUGACAGUGACCUUUUCUUUUCAUUUCACACACACAGUUUCAAAGACACAGAUUGUCAUAUCUGAGUUUUAGUCUUUAGCUCCUAAUGAGGAAUGUGCAUGAUGUUCUUCUGUUUAUGCAGGCAGGAGUUCAACUAUUUACCAUGUGAUGUGUUGCAUUCAAUUUAUACAUUUUAUUAAAAACAAAAAAGCAGUGGUGACAUGCAUGGACAAAAUACAGGCUAUGUAUUGCAAUCGUUAAUAUAUAUUUGUAAUUCGGCUUCCUUUCCAAUGUUGUGCAUGUUUUGAAAGGAAGUUUCACAUGUUACUGUAAAUGUAUGUUUUUUUUAAUCUAGGUAUUGUAAAAAAACAUGACAGCGUGACAAUAGUUGUACAUGCUGUUAACAAGCAUAAGACUCAUUUGUUGCUCAGGUUGAAAAAGAAUAUAAAAAUUUGAAUUGA